AGGGGUGGUUGAUCAUGAUAUUACCACAAAAUAAAAAUUUAUAUCCUACAUGUCGUAUUUGUCGCAGUGAUGAACCAAAUUCUUUUAUUGCCCCUUGUAAAUGUAAAGGUACGGUAAAGUAUGUUCAUAGAACUUGUUUGAUGCAGUGGAGAAAAAGAUUAGUGUCGAAUGGGUCAAAUAGAAGGGAAUUAGAUACAUGCACUCUUUGUAAUUUCCGUUAUAUCGUUAAACAAAAUUCAAAAUUCGGAAAUGUUAUGACUCGACUAGAUAUUCGAUUUAUUAUAACUUGUAUAAUAAUUUUAAUUAUGUUAUUACCGAGUGGAUAUAUAAUGAAAUUAAUUAUUUCGUUAACGUCAAAAUUAUAUUUGCGUGAUGUUGAAAUAAAUAAUGUUCUGGUUUGUUCUACAUUAACUAAAUCAUCAACAAUAAUAUUAAAAGAUUUUUAUAAUUCAUUAAUUACAACUAUAUCGGAUAAAGAUUUUUGGAUCAAAGUUAUGUGUAAUGAUACAAUACAGCAUCUUUGUUUAGGUUUAUUUUUUCUUGGGUCUGUUAGUAAUAUUGUUACCGCUUAUUUUGUUAUAGAUGAAUUAUUAGAUUUAUUUCAUCAACAACAAUUACAGCAACAACAACAUCAACAACAACAACAACAAUUCUUACAUGAUAAUUUUGAAUAUCUAAAUAAGAAAUUUAUUUUAUGGGGUUGUUGUGCAGUGGUAACUUCACUUUGGUUUCAUUAUAGUUUAUCGUCACUCAAAGUGACUACAAAUCAGGAAGAAUUUCCAUUAUUGAUAUUAAGAUGGGUUACAAUAAGUAUGGCUGUACUUGAUUUUGGUUUAAGAAGAAUUUUUUGGCAAUUAAGCAAAAUUAAUUUUGAUGAUGGCGAAGUUUUAUCUAUACAAAAAAUUGAUUUUAAUGAAUUAUAAUAAUUUAU